CUGACGACCGUGGGUCGCUGCAGAAUAGACUGGAAAUUCGCUGCACUUUGAGGACCGUGGAUCUGUCGAGGGAUUGAACGCGGUGGCUCAGUUUCCUAGGAAUAUAUUGCAACAGGACGGGGGCUUUGUCUGAAGGAGGCUCUGGAUUUGCUGGUCUUUGCAGCGGUUUGUCUCCACGCUGCUGUUGGGAACAGCCCCAGUCAGAAGUUAACAGGGCUUCUGUCUUUGCAGAGCCAUGGGCAGCAAGAAGAAGGAAAUUGCCCUGCAGGUUAACAUCAGCACCCAGGAGCUUUGGGAGGAAAUGCUCAGUUCCAAAGGACUAACUGUUGUCGAUGUCUACCAAGGCUGGUGUGGGCCCUGCAAACCCAUGGUAAGCCUCUUCCAGAAGAUGAGGAUCGAGGCCGGCCUGGACCUUCUGCAUUUUGCAUUAGCAGAAGCAGAUUGUCUUGAUGUCCUUGAAAAAUACCGUGGGAAGUGUGAGCCAACCUUUCUGUUUUAUGCAGGUGGAGAGCUGGUGGCCGUGGUUAGAGGCGCCAAUGCCCCACUGCUGCAGAAAACCAUCCGAGAGCAGCUGGAGGCUGAAAAGAAAGUUCUGGCCGAAGGCUGUGAGCGCAAAGUGAUUAGAGAUGAGCCUCUGUCUGAUGAAGACGGAUGCCUCUCCCACGACAAGGACAUUGGUGAUGACGAGGACGUGGGUGAGUGCAGAACCAGUCAGCAAGCUUCAUCAGGGAAGACCUGCACCUUGGCCAUCAUUAAGCCAGACGCAGUGGUCCAUGGAAAGACUGAUGAGAUUAUUAUGAAGAUCCACGAAGCCGGUUUUGACAUUUUAGCAAAUGAAGAGAGAACCAUGACAGAAGCAGAAAUGCGGCUUUUCUAUCAGCACAAAGCUGGAGAGGAGGCAUUUGAGAAGCUGGUUCACCACAUGUGCAGUGGACCGAGCCACCUCCUGAUCCUCACCAGGCCUGAGCCUGAGGGCACUGAGGACGUGAUCACUGCCUGGCGAACGCUCAUGGGGCCCUGUGACCCUGAUGUAGCAAGGAGGGAGCAGCCUGACAGUCUCCGCGCUCAGUUUGGCACAGAAAUGCCCUUCAAUGCAGUCCACGGAAGCCAGGACAGAGAGGACGCCAGCCGAGAACUGGCGCUGCUCUUCCCCACAUUUAAGUUUUCAGAUGAACUUCUAGAAGCCUCUUUAUGCCACGGGGCUGAAGGAGCGGUGGGCCCCACUGAGGCAUGUUGCUUCCCUGAGGACACAGACUGAGAGGCUGGGCUGCUGUUCCAGAGCAUGUGACCAGGGGCAAGGCCAUGAGAUGAGCUGUCAGUGCGCUUCAAUCAGUUGCCCAUAGGGCAGCUCCAGAAUUGGAACUCACUCUUUUCAGCCCCAAUACUUUUUUGGUUUAGUUAUGUCUUAUGAACAAUAAAAAUAGUAUAUAUUUUCUUGCCUUAUUAAACAGUAUAUAAAACAUACAGUUUUUUUGUUGUUGU